AUGCGCGUCAUCGACUGGACGAUGUGGCAGUUCGGACCCGUCUCCACGAUGAUGCUCGCCGAUCUUGGCGCGGAUGUCAUCAAGGUCGAGUCGCUGGACGGAGACCACGGCAGGCAGUUCGCCACAGUCGCAGGAGUGGCGAACGCGCUUGAAAGUAGCAGCGCAUACUUUGAGAGCCUGAACCGCAACAAGCAGGGCAUCGCGCUCGACCUUAAGCAUCCGCAGGGUCUGGAAGUGAUGCUGAAACUCGUGAAGAAAUCUGACAUCUUUGUGGAGAAUUUCCGCCAAGGUGUGGCGGAGCGCCUUGGGCUGGGCUACGAAGACUUGACGCAAUUGAACCCGUCCCUGAUUUACGCCUCUGCGACAGGCUAUGGCCCCAAAGGCGAUGAUUCCGGCAAGCCUGCUUUCGCGCUGACCGGCGAGGCGCGCGCAGGAUCUCUGUGGUGGGCGGGCCCCGACGACGGCAUUCCCUACAACAUCAACGGCAUGGCAGACCAGAUUGCGGGCAUCAUGCUUUCCUACGGCGUUCUCGGCGCGGUAGUAGCGCGGGAACGAUUCGGUGUAUCCCAGCGCGUGGAUGUGUCGCACCUCGGCAGCCUCAUGUGGCUGGGCGGCAUGAGAGACGGCAUUGCCCUGCUUUCUGGCAAAGAGUUCGAGAGACAACCCCGAACACGCGCCGGCAACGUGCUAUGGAACUGUUACCGCUGCAAAGAUGAUAAGUGGAUUGCAUUCUCGAUGAGCCAGGGAGACAGGUACUGGCCUACUUUCUGCAAAGCCUUGGCAAGGGAAGAUCUAGCUACCAACGAGCGAUUCGCCCGAAUGGCAGCGCGCAACGAGCAUCGAGAAGAACUGAUCGCAAUUCUGGACGACAUAUUCAUCAAGUACACUCGCGCGGAGUGGGAAGAGCGCCUCGACGCCGCGGGUGAUCUGAUAUGGGAGCGUGUGCAGUCGAUAAUGGACUUGCCCGAAGACCCACAAGUUACGCAGAACGACUAUCUCAUCGACUUCGAGCACGCACACUGGGACCCACCAAGUGGCACCAGACGCCGAUUGCAUUCAGUGAGACGCCGGUGUCAACGCAAAGGCUUGCGCCCGCACACGGCGAACAUACUGAAUCUGUGUUGA